UAAUGAUAAUCAUUUAUGUUUUUGUUGAAGGUCAAACUUAAAAAAAGAACUUCCAUAAGCUCGGACUCUGAGGAUCUACUCUCAGGUACGAGUGAUGCCGAAUGGCACGAAGAUGGCAGUGUCACCUUACGUCGGUGCUUAGAGGGUUGGGAUCAGUAUCCAUGGACUUGCUCGGAUUGUCAAGAAGCUUUACCUAACGCAGAUGCUCUUAAAGAUCAUCAUAGUCUCGUGCAUGACCAGCCACCGAAGUAUGUGUGUGCAGAAUGCCCAAAAAUGUAUACAAAAUACAGUACAUUUGUUGGGCACGUUCGCACUCAUCGAGAUCAUCUUCGAUUUUGCUGUGAUGUUUGUGGCAAAUGGUACGGAACGAGCCGUGCUCAGGAGCAACACCGGGCCUCGCACUAUGAACAAAAGCCUCACACCUGCACAACUUGUGGAAAACGGUUUCGAGUACAAUCUUCUCUGUUGGUACAUGCCCGAUCGCAUUUACCCGCAGAGGUCAAAAAUAAGCAUCAAUGUGAUCAGUGUCCGAAACGUUUCGGAACCAGACCGAAUCUAAUGGCGCAUAAACGGAUACACUCGGGUAUUCGUGACUUCACUUGCGAUCAGUGCGGCAAAAGUUUUGUGCAAAAAGGCAAUUUAGACAAUCACAUGCUGACUCACACCGUGGCUCGACCGUUCACGUGUCACGCCUGUGGGAAAGCAUUUAAAACCGCCGUUCGGUUACGAAAACAUAGUUCUGUACACUCCGGUCUAAAACCUCACCAAUGCGACGUAUGCGGGCGACAGUUCCGAGAGAGAGGAACUUUAAAAGAACAUCAUCGCAUUCACACCGGCGCCAUGCCGUUCACUUGUGAAUAUUGUGGCAAAUCAUUUCGGUUUAAAGGUGUUUUGACGACACACAGGAGACAGCAUACCGGCGAGAGACCUUACUCGUGCCUCGAGUGUCAGCAUCACUUCACCAACUGGCCGAAUUACAAUAAACAUAUGAAACGUCGGCACGGUAUCAACACCAGCGUUACUGUUCGUAAACCACAAUCCAUUCCUCCCACCGGUAUGCCACAAAGAAAUCCUCCCGGUACUGUAUUAGCCCCGCCGCAACCGACAACAGUCACAAUGCUUUCCAGUGUUCCUCAUGCCACAGCGACAAUUACGGAUAAUUUCGCAGAGCCUCCCCCUUUCUACCCGGUCCUUAAUUUGUACAAUUUACCCGAAGAAUUGUUACAACAGCGUGUUUAAUUGUAUUAUCAAGCUUUAAUGUAGUAAAAUGUGAGUGAGUAUAAGUAAGACGUAUCGAACCAUCAUUUUAAAUUAUUAUUUGUAGAUUCAUAAUUGUAAUUAAUAAAACAAGGUGCUAAA